CAUAUUUAAAGGAAAAGAAUAUUUUUAUUUUUUAUCUUUUUAUAAUUAUAGUUAUUAUUAUUUUUAGUAAUAAUAAAAGUAUAAAAUGAAACUAAUAAUAAUAUUAUUAUUUUUAGUGUUCAUUAGUUUUAUAGAAUCAAAAAGAUUAAACAGAAAUCAAAUAGCAUUGGAUGUCAGCGAUGUAAAGUUUGUUCAAACACAUGUCAUACCAUCUGAGGGGGCUUCGUGGACAAUAAAAAACAAAACCUAUGUUUUAAAGUUGGUUCAGAAUCGUGAUACUCUAUUAAUGGCAAAGUUUGAUAAUUCAAAUAAUAACAACAGUUUUAUAAUAGCAAGGAUUUGGAAUGGAGACGACCAAGUUGGAACAGUUGACAUGAAUUUACCAAGCGAUUUACCACCAACCGAAGAUGAUGGACCAAAGUUUUCAACUAUACAUCAUAGUGCACUUAUUCCAGGCAAGUGGAUAAAGAACAAAUUGAAAAUUCAAUUUGAAGAUUCGAAGCAACCAAAUUCUAAAUCUAUAGUAACCGAACCAAAUGUUGGUCAGGAAAGAACAUUGGUUCUCUGGACUCUUCCACUUUAUUUCUUUGGAGCAAAUGAUACAAAUACACAACCAUUUUCAAAGAUUAGACAGGUUGAUGAAAAUGUAAUAGCAGAGUUGAUUCAAAAAUGGUCACUCACAGAUAUCAUCUCACAAAACCACCCACUUGGAAAGAUUAGUUGGCCAUAUUUAAUAAUGCCACCAAGAAACGGUAAUCCAGGUAUGAAAAUAACCAAUUCAGAUCAAAAGAGCGAUGGCUAUGCAAUUAUGAGUGUUGUUUUGUCUAUUUUAGCUGGCAUCAGAAAAGCUUGGGGCGAAGGAUCAUCUUCCAAUCAAAUUUACUCACCUCUUUUACAUUUAAAUAAAAAUGGAAAAUAUGCAGAUCCUUAUGGAGGAUUGGGUAGUGUUGGUGGCGGUGUUGGAGUGGGUGAUUUCGCCUAUACUGGUAUUUUUAUUCAUGAACAAGGUCAUUGCUUUGGACUUCACCAUGCUGGUGAACAAUAUAAUAAAGGCGAUUACCCAUAUAUCAAAGGAAGUUUAAAGGGUUCACCAUAUUCUGGAUGGGGUUUUGAUACCGAUAAAAACGAAUUUCUCUCUAUCUAUGUCCCAAAAAGUGCAAGUAGUUAUAGAAAUUGUCAAAAGAAUAUGGUUAUGUCUGAUGAUGGCAAAUAUUGUAUCAAACAAUCAGUUAUGCAGGGUGGUGCUGGUGGUCAAUCAAGUAAAUAUAGAUUUUCAAUGUUUGCAGAUUUUGAAAUGACCACAUUACAAUCAUAUUUUGAAAAUGCUUUAUAUUUUAAUCAAAAUAGAAAUGUAUACAGCAGAUUCAAUACCACAACCAACGAAUAUUACGAUUAUAUACCAUUAACUAAAGAGAAGGGAUUGUAUGGGGUUAAUGAUGGUUCACCUAUCGAAAGAGAUGUUAAAGUUUACACAAUUGUUUUUACAUAUAGCACCGUUUCCAAUGAACUAUCGCAAUUUUAUCCAAUUUUUAAAUCAACAGGCAAUUUAAUGAAGUAUUUUGACCCAACCAAUAAAACAGAUAUUUCAAAUGUCAUACCCAACACUUCAAAAUUCCCAUGGUAUUGUCACGGCAGUGGUUGCGAUUAUACAAUAAGAAUUACAUAUAGUGAUGGUUCAUUAAAUCAUAUUUUAUGGCAAGAGGGAAAAAGAAAAUGGUGGAGCCCAACAAAAGAUAAUUUUAAAAACGGUUUAAAUGAUCCAAAUAGUGGUGAUAGCUUUUUACUUGGUGUUUUUAACAUUAAGGAUAAUAAUAAAGAAAUUUCAAAACUAGAACUUUUAGAUACACCAUUUGGUUGGCAAGGAAUACCAAAGGAUGUAAAUGUUUUAAUUUCAAAAGAUUUAUAAUAAAAAUUUAAACAAAAAGUUUUUUUAAGAAAAGU